AUGGCAGGGAACUGUCCAGAAGACGCCAUCGAGCUUUCGAGUAGCGACGACUUUAUGACUGACGGCGGAGAAGAGGAUUCAGACUCGGAGGGAGCGGAUAUUCCGGGGGACAGCAACAGCGACGAUGACCCUUUAUUCCCUCCUGUCGAGCCUGCGCGCGGGGAUGAGGACGACGAAAGCAGCUCGGACGAGGAUUAUGCUACGGCGUCUCCCGGUGUGUCCUUCGUAGCUUUCUGCGCUUCGCGGCUUGACGUCAUCGCCCCAGCUGCUCCGACACGUCGCCUGACACCGCCGGCAACCUCUGGUCCGGCCCCGCAGAUGCCCGCCUUUCCUCCCCGCCAACCGUACGUCAUGAAUCACAGCACCGCUUCGCUGCCGCUCAGAGUCAACGUCGCCAUCCCGCCGGCGUUCUCCCGCGCUGGGUUGCACAACUCCCAGCAUUUUAACCAAUGGCUGCUACAUAUCCGAGACUCUUCUGUAGCGGCGCCGCCCUACUCAGAGUACAUGGAGGACCUGCAUGCGGCUGUCGGAAUUCAGUUAGGCGUUACGCUGCAGCAAGAGGCUGCUAAUUUGCUCACAUGGCGUACUCUUCUGGAGGGCACCGAGAGCGAAAUUCUCGAGCUUGAUCGUCUCCAGUUCAUUCUUGCUCGGAUGGCAACCAAUCCUCUCUUACGCGCAGCCGCCGCUGUGCAGGGCGCGGAUUUGACUUUGCCCCAAACGCUGCUCGACCGCGCCGCCGCGCCGCCCCCAAACAUCACCGUCGGGCUUGACGGGGAUACCGACUCCGGAGCGGAAACCCCUUCUGUCGACCGCUCUCCCGGCGCGAAGCCGCAUUCCAAAUCAAAAGGAAGCAAGCGGCGGCGCACCUUGGUCGCCGAUAUGAUCCCCGUCGACUUCAGUGGUACCACCGCAAGCUUGCUCGAGAAGCCUGCGAUGCCCUUGCCCGGUGAGGCGGAUUCUGCGGGCGGCUCUUCCAAAUCUACUAACGCCGUCGGAACUCGCUCCGGUUCAAGCGGCACUGUCAUGCCUGUGGCCGGACCGUCCCGCAUCCAAGAGCGCGCCAUCGCUCCUCCGCCUGCGCUCGCUGAGCGGACGCCCACUCCCGGACCUGGGAUCUCUCGCCCAGGACACGUACGGAGGCGAUCCGAUUCUGCAUCUCCAACGCGCCCUCCGGCCGGCGACAGGAGGCAUAAGAGACGUCGCAAGCGGCGGGAUGAAGUUGAUUAUUCUAGGGAUUAG